UGCAUUUUCUUGUGCUCUUCAUCAUCACCCCACCAAAAUUGUGCAAUAGUAUCUGUGAUUUCCUUACAAAUCCCUUUUGGAAGGCUAAAGACCGACAUAGCAAAGACUGGGAUGGCCUGUGUCACUGAUUUUAAUAAAAUUUCUUUGCCUCCAAUUGACAGUUGCUUUUCCAUCCAACCUAUCAAUCUUGCUUUAAUUAUGUCAAUGAAAUGCCCAAAACAACCACUCUUGUCAGCUCCUAUCAUUGCUGGUAACCCAAGAUACUUGUCAGAUAAUGUCUCUGUGUCAAUAUGAAGAAUCUGGCUAAUUUAUGCUUUUGAAACAAUCGAUGUAUUAGGGCUAAAGAAAAUGCUAGACUUGGCCAAACUUACCAUUUGUCCUUAACUUGCACAAUAGGUAUCCAGUACAUUUUGUAAGGAAGUUGCAUUCGUCACAUCUGCUCUUAUGAGAACUAGAGAAUCAUCAGCAAAUAAAAGGUGUGAUAUUGACGGUGCAUUCCUGCACACUCUAAUCCCAUCUAUGCCACCAACUUUUUCUUCAAACUGCAACAUACUGGACAAUCCUUCAGCACAAAUAAGGAACAAGUAUGGGGAGAGGGGAUCCCCUUGCCGAAUUCCCCUAGUGGGUGAAAAUAUCUCUGUCUUUUGGGAGUUGAAUCUAAUUUUGUAUCUAACAGAGGAUACACAAGCCAUAAUCAUGUCUAUCCAACCACCAUCAAACCCAAGUUUUUCCGUCAUACCUCUCAAAAAAAUCCACUCAACACGGUCACAUGCCUUGUGCAUAUCAUCAUCAUCAUCAUCUUCUUCUUCUUCUUCUUUUUUUUUUUUUGCGGAAAGCAUAUCCAACUUCACUUCACAUAGAAAGAAAGAAAAACACGACUACAAAAAUAUCUCAGUAAACAAAGAUGCUUUGGUAGACUCGAAAACGUGUUCAAAACAAGGCUCGUCUCUAAGACGGAUUCGGUUUAGCGUCGAACAGCCGGCCUAGCUAGCUAACCAUAUAAUGAUGCGUACGUACGUACCAUAUGUGUGUGACUCUCUUAGGCAUCAGCCGAAGUCGCCGAACGAACAGCGCGCCGGCCGGUUCCAAAUAGCUAGCGACGUUCCGUGUUUGCUCCUCGCCUGGCAACGCCGGCCAUGGCGCUGCUGAAACGCAGCUUCAACGCGGCGCUGCUCGACAAGGACGACGACUCGUACCCGUCCAAGAUGCCGGGCAGCCUCGCGCGCACCACCGCGCCGGUGGCCAAGAUGAUGCGGCUGUGGAACUACAAGGAAGGCGCGGGUCUUGGCACGCACGGCCAAGGCAUCAUCGUCCCCAUAAAGACCGAAAGGCGUUCUUCAAACGCCGGCAUCGGCCACUCCGAGAAGCCCUACGACAACGGCCUUCCGGGCGCGCCCGCGUCGCUGCCAGCCGGACACAAGUGGGGCGAGUGGGCGGCUGCCUCACGAGCCCUGCGCCUUGAACGGGACUGCUGCGAGAAGACCCUCGCGCUGCUGCGCGACGUGAGGCUUCAGGGCGACGACAGCGCGGAGACGGCGGACGCGCUGGCGGCGAUCGUCAAGUCCGAGGAGGUGCUCCAGGGGAAGCGCGCGCUGGGGGCGUGGAGGGCCGCGCUGCCUCCCUCCGCCGUGCAGCACAUCGUCGAGCGGGUUCUCGCGCCCAGGAUGGCCAUGAAAGCGCGAGAGUGGGAGCCGGUGUGGAACCCGGGCUGUGACCAUUGGCUACGUCCGUGGCUUCCAUUGAUCGGAAACUUGCCGGAGAGCCUCUACGGCAUUGUCGAGAGCAAGAUCAGCGGCGGCAGCUACGACACCAUCUCCCCAUGGAAGGACUACUUCGACCCGGCGCAUUGGGAAAUCUUCUCCCGGCGCCACGUCUUGCCUAGGAUGACACGGUGGCUGCAACAGCUGAGGAUCACGCCCCCGAAGCAGAUCGACGUCAAGUUCCGCACGGUGAUGGAGUGGACGCCCCUCGUGCGCACUCAAGACGUGGUGUCGAUCCUAGAACAAGAGUUUUUCGGCAAAUGGGAGAGCGCGCUGCGCCAUUGGCUGCAGUCCGCGAAGCCAUCGCUGGGGGAGGCCGACGCGUGGUGCACCGGCUGGAAGAACCUCUUCACUCCAGAGCUGCUUGAUGACAAACGCGUGCUCGCGCGUCUGGAGGCUGGCGUUGCCAUGGUGGAUCGACAAACGGAAGACCUCAACCGUCUUGUUUGUCAUAGUUGA